UCUGUGCUCAUGUCUGGGGUUGGGCCAAGCACAUACUAAGCCACACACCCUUGGGUAAUCAGAUGGAAGGAUGCCGCUAUAAGUUGUGUCUCAGUUGUGCUUAUACGGUUUCCUGUGGAUUUUGGCUUUGAUCACUGGAAGAAUCAUGAAGAUCGCUGCUUUCAACGUUCAGAAAUUUGGAAAGAGAAAAUUGUCAGACCCUGUUGUCAGGAAAACACUUAUUAAGAUAGUGUCACGCUAUGACAUAGUUGUCAUCCUGGAGGUGGUGGAUGCCAGCGGGGAAGCAGUCGACAGCUUUCUAAAAGAGCUAAAUAAGGCCAACCCACAGCACCCUUACAGCAUGAAGCUCAGUGUACGACUGGGGAGGACCACGUACAAGGAGCAGUUUCUGUUCCUUUACAGGAAUUCUGUGGUGGAAGUGAUUGGCACUUAUCAAUAUGAGGACAAUCAACCUGGAGACGAGGACGCCUUUGCUAGGGAACCUUAUAUCCUGCGUUUCUCUUCUCCUAACACAGUGGUGAAGGAUCUGGUUCUGGUGCCUGUCCACACAAAGCCUGAAGACUCAGAGAAAGAAAUAGACGAGCUAUAUGACGUGUGCAUGGCUGUCAGGAAGAAAUGGAAGACUGAUAACAUCAUGAUCUUGGGUGACUUCAAUGCGGAUGGCAGUUAUGUGUCUAAAAAAGAGAUGAAGGCAAUGAGGAUCUACACAGAUAAAAACUUCCACUGGCUGAUUACGGAUAAGGAGGACACCACCACGAGCACAAAGAACGACCACACUUAUGACAGGAUAGUGGUGUAUGGACAGACAAUGCUUGAUGCCGUUGUGCCGAACUCUGCCAAGCCAUUUAACUUCCAACAGGAAUAUGGACUGACUGAAGCUGAUGCACUUAAGGUGAGUGAUCACUAUCCAGUGGAAGUAGAACUGAAAGAAAGCAACGCCGGUGGUCAAAGCUCUGCCACACCCAAGAAAUAGACGACAACAGGAGAAAGAAAACACUGGCAGAGGACCUGGAAAAAG